AUGACCACGUACGUCUCCGCUUCAUCGGUCUCGAACCUGGCCCCGGCACCCCCCGCCCUCGUCGUCCCAGUCUACAUGUACCCGGCCGAAGGCGCAUGGAGUCCGCUAUUCGCUGCUGCACGCGCCCACCCCAACCUCACCCUUAUGUGCAUCAUCAACCCUGGCAACGGGCCGGGGCCUGAGCGUCUACCCGAUGCCAGCUAUAAAUCGGCACUUGAACAGUUGUGCGCCCUUCCUAACGUUCAGCCUCUGGGCUAUGUACACUGUACCUACGGCAAGCGGGACGUGGAGGAUAUCAAGGCGGACAUUGACAAGUACGCGGCGUGGGAAACGCAAUCAGGGCAAGCCUUCCGCCUCGACGGUGUUUUUGUUGACGAAGCACCGUCGGACCCCGCGCUCGAACCAUCGUAA